AUGGUCAUAAGCGUUCGUGUAUAAGUACCUCUUUUUGUGUCUAUAAACCAUGGAAAAACUAGCGCUUUAAAGAUGGAAGUAGACAAAUAAUAUUUGUUUAUUCAUUUUUUAAAACUUGUAAAUCAAAGAAAAUGUCAUUUAUUGCAUGUUUAUACUAUUACCCGAAAAAAAUGAGUAAUUUUAGAAAUGUUUCAUUAGUUUACAUGGCAAGAAACAUUCAUGAAAUAUUUCCGACAAUAACAAAUAACUAUAUUGCUGCACAUAAAAUUAGAAAUGUGUCUCUGCAAAUGCGUACUAAACUGAAGUUAUAAAUGAACAACAAACAACAUCCCUGUAUUAUGCAAACGUAAUACAAGUUGAAGUUGUUAUUAAAUCCAGUGCUAUUCCAACUGUGGCAAAAUGUGGUUCGCGUUAAUUGCAAUUAUUACGAUAAUAUGGUUAUACUUAAAGCAUAAUUAUAACUACUGGAAGAAUCAAGGAGUAGACACACCCAAGUAUUAUUACUUUGUUGGAAACUUAUUAGAACAAGUUUUGUUUAAGAAAAAUGGAGGAGUGAUUUUGCAAGAAUAUUACAAAGCCUUUGAAGGUUAUAAUUAUUUUGGAUUGUACAAUGCAAUGCAACCCGUUAUUGUUAUUAGAAAUCCAGACGUAAUCAACGAUAUUCUCGUCAAAGAUUUUGCAUCAUUCGCAGAUAAUGAUUUCGACAUUGAUGAACAAACCGACCCAAUAUUUGGUAGAGCACCCUUUAUUUUAAAGGGUCAAAGAUGGAAACAUGUGCGUGCACAAUCCACACCUUCUUUCACAUCAGGAAAAAUAAAACUAAUGAUGCCACAUGUCAAAGAAACAUGUAUUAAACUUCUUGAAUACUUAAAAGAACGUGAAAACAUUCCAAUUGAAUUAGACAUUCUGAACAAAAGAAUAAACGCUGAAAAUGUCGCAAGUUGCGCGUUUGGUUUAGAUGGCGGUAGUUUUAUACAAGAAAAAGCGCAGUUUGUUGAAUUCGCCAAUGAGCCGAUGCAAACCACACCAAUGAACGGGCUUAAAAACUUGAUUCUAUUAAUGUGUCCAUCAUUAAGUCGCGUUAUUAAACUAAGUUUUUACAAAAAAGAAACCGUUGAAUAUUUACAUAGUAUAGUGGAACAAACGAUGAAAUACCGCGUGGAAAACAAUAUCGAACGCAAUGAUUUCCUCGAUGAAAUGAAACGUCUCAGACUCAAGAUUAACGAUGACAAAUUAUUCAGUUUUUAUGACAUUCUUGGACAUGCAGGUGCUUUUCUCCUAGACGGAGUAGUAACCUCAUCGACCACAGCGAGCUACGCACUUUAUGAACUCGCCAAACAUCCAGAUAUUCAAGAAAAACUAAGAGAAGAAAUUCACCAAGUUCUUAACAACAAUAUGGAAGAGUUGACAUAUGAAAAAAUGCAAGAAAUGGAAUAUUUAGAUUGUGUAUUGAACGAAACUAUGCGACAACAUCCACCGUUGAUGUUCAUGACCAAACGAGUUACGAAACCUUAUACUUUAGGAGCAAUGAGAGAUGAUAACACAGGGCCACGAGUUGAAUUAGAAGUUGGAACUCCUGUCAAAAUAUCACUUCUAGGUCUACAUAUGGAUGAGAAAUACUUUCCGGAACCAGAAAAGUUUGACCCGGAUCGAUUCAAGCCUGAGAAUAAAUGUAAAAUUCCUAAAAAUUCUUUUUUGCCAUUCGGUGCAGGGCCACGCGUGUGUCUGGGAAUGAGAUUUGCUCUUUUGCAGACAAAAAUGACAUUGAUUACCAUCCUCUAUCAUUAUAAAUUAACUUUGAGUGCAAAAACUCAAGAACCUUUGAAGAUUCAUCCAGUGAGCUUUAUUAAUACGGCUGUUGGUGGUUACUGGGUAGAAUUUAGUAAAUUGUAAUUAUUUUACUAUGUAAAAUUUAUUUAAAUUUUUUAUUUAAAUAAACUUUCCGUUAGUAAUUUUAAA